UACAGAUCACUAUUGCACACCAAUCUUUGUAAUCCCCUGCAAUAAAAAAAAUGACCACAUGGUGCGUUGUUCAGUUCAGCAGUGGGGCAACUGAAAUUGUGCCAAACUCAUGGGUUGAAGGAGAUAAAGUCUUCUUGCCCCCAUACCCUCCUAAGGACUCUAUUAGGCUGAAUGCAGCCAUCCUGAAUAGAGAGCAGCCUGGUCAGGGAUGGCACACAUACCAGCCUAUCCGUCUCCUCAUAACUCGUGAUAGUCAUGAUGAGGCAGCGAGGAGCCUGGACAGAUAUCUCAAUAAGGAUUGUGACACCACUGACAUCCAGUCUGAGGAGGAGAGCCACCAUUCCCUGAAAAGAAAAAGAAGACCGAAUCCAGUUUAUCACUCAGACGAGGAGCCCCAGAAUGAGCGCAGAUUCACCCAAGCCCCAAAAGUGUUAUUUCCAGCAGCGACCCAACUAGCCAGUCAGAGCAGCCAACCAUCACCACCUCCACGAAUCUAUCAGACCCUCCAACGCCCCAAUUCCCCCAUGUUGUCUUACCCCAAUGUCCCAGCAUCGUUCCCUGGUGAUGAAUUGGUGUUCUCUCCAAUGAAUUUACUCCAGAGGCCAUCUCCUGAAGUUGUUUCAGAUUCUUCAGAAACUGCCAGGUUGGCAUUAAAAGAUGUGGCUAUGCAAAAACUUCUUACUGCAGUGACAGAGCUGUCCAAGGAGGUGAAGGACCUGCGGGAGGAGUUUAGGAAAUUCCGCCAGUCCUGCAGGUGUGGACAAUCGGAGUCUGUGAUACAGCCACUGUCGGAGCCCUUGGAGCUGCCCUUCCACACCAUGGAGGCCCUGGACCAUGCAGAAGAGACGCUGUUAAAUGGCACAAACCGACAGAUGACGGGAGAGUACGCUGUGGCAGGGGAGGGACAGACAUUAAGGGACAAAUACAUUGCGUUUACUGCUAAAAUAUACGAGAUUGGUGAGGAAGAAGAAGAAUGUCAGUAA